AUGGUAUCAAUUGUAAUCGCCGCUCUCUUUGUAAUCGUUAUUACUCUGAUAUAUAUCUAUUUAAAACGUGCUUACUCUCCUUCACCAGAUGAUCUACCAGGAGUGAAACCACAUAUUGUUUUUGGUAAUCUCCUUAAUUCUGGUAUAUUGACGGGAAAAUUAUCAUUUCAUCAAGUCUUUCUCGAUUAUCAACGUCGUUUCGGUGACAAAUUCCAAUUUUGGUUUGGUUCACAUCGAUGUUUCGUUUUCUGUGGAGUAGAACAUGCACAAAUCAUAUUUGCCGAUCGUCAUACUUUCGAACAAGCGCCAUUAUCUUUUCCAAACUUUGACCUUCUUUGUCCGAAUGCCAUUGUAAUGUUGACUGGUGCUAAAUGGAAACGACAUAUACGAGUUUUAUUACCGAUGUUGAAACGAGCAAAGAUUAUUGGUCAUUUAGAGACGAUUGUUCAAUGUGCUGAUCAUUUCAUUGAUCAAAAUCUUCAUCCUGGUCAAGUUCAUCGAGAUUUAGUCUCAUCCUGUCAAUCAUUUACCAUGAAUGUUAUCGGAUUCAUUGGAUUCGAUCACGAUUUCGAUGCCCAUAUUAAUUCACCAAUAAAAAAAGCUUUUCGUGAUUUUAUAUUCUAUAGCGUGUCUAUACUCCUCUCACCGUGGCUGCCUCGAUGGUUAGGGAAAAUCUAUUUGAAAUAUAAUUGGAAAUAUCAACAUGCCUAUCGAUUGAUUCAUGAAUUGUCAGAAAAGCUAGUUGAAGAAGAACAAAACAAAGAAAGUGAAAUGGAAAAUAAACGACCGAAGAAUCUCAUUGCGUCGUUGGUUUCAUCAUUGAAUGAACAAGCUAAUGACGAUCAAGUUUCAUCUGGUCUAACACAUGCAGAGAUCUUUGAUGAAGUUUUGAUAAUGAUCCUAGCUGGAUAUGAAACGACAUCAACUGCUCUAUCAUGGUUCAUAUUUUUUGCAAGUAAAAAUCCUCAAGUGCAACAAAAAAUGAAAGAAGAAUUGCGCAAACAUCAUCUUCUGAUGACAGAUGAUCUCAAAUAUGUACCAGAGCUAACGUCAGAGAAUUUAACUUCACUAACCUAUUGUGAAUGUGUGACAAAAGAGGUCUUACGUUUGGCUCCUGUCGCUGGAUUUUCAGUCCGUAUAGCUACUUGUGACACCAUCGUUGACGCUGUAAAGAUUCAUCGUGGUCAGACUGUUUUUAUUGCUUUGAAUAACAUCAAUACUGAUGCUCGCUAUUGGCAUCAUGCUGAUCCUCGACAAUUUGUACCAGAAAGAUUUUUAGGCGAAGAUGAAAAUCAUCAUUCAUUAGCUAUGAUUCCAUUCGGUGGUGGACAUCGAGCAUGUAUUGGACAAGAAUUAGCUUGGCUCGAGUUGAAAACGAUCAUCGUUCGAAUGAUGCAACGUGGUAUCACAUUCGAAGACACGUCAGAAAAUACUGGGGGUUACGAAGACCACCUCAGCUGUCUUCCAAAAAAACUAGCAGUGCGUGUACGCUUCGAUUGA